AAAGAAGACUGGGGAAGUUGGGUUGUCCUUUCUUUGCAAAAACUUAUUAGAACUCAUCUUCUCUUCACCAAAUCCCAAAGCCCCACUGAAUUCAAAGCAAGAUUCUUGAAAAAGGCUGUUGAAGUGAAAUAUGAGUGAAGCCAUGUCGGAGAGAUACUGGUGCCAUAUGUGUGAACAAAUAGUGAACCCUAUCAUGGAGGCCGAGAUCAAAUGUCCCUAUUGUGAUGGUGGCUUUAUCGAAGAAAUGAGUAGCGUUGGAGCAGACACAGGAGUAGGGGGAAUCACAAAUGAGGAUGAUGAUGAUGAUGAUGAUGAUGAGCUCUCUGAUCGCUCCCUCUCUAUGUUAGCCCCAAUUUUGCUUGGUAUGAUGGGUGGUCGGCCUAGGCGCCGGAGAUUGAGAUUACUGAGGACAGAUGAUGGAUCUGAUUCCGACCAUGAUCACAAUUUGGAAGUUCUCCUUCGAAGGAGGAGGAGACAUAGCUCGGCCAUUCUUCAACUUCUUCAAGGUCUCCGAACUGAUGCUGGAUCAGAGAAUGAAACCCCGGAGAGCGAAAGAGAGAGAGAAAGAGAAAGAGAUAGGGAAAGUGUGAUCUUGAUCAACCCUUUUAACCAAGCAGUGAUUCUUCGAGGAACCUUUGAUUCGAACGAUGGGAGUUCUGGUGCUUCAUUGGGGGACUAUUUUAUCGGUCCAGGGUUGGAUUCGUUAUUGCAGCAUUUGGCUGAGAACGAUCCUAAUCGUUAUGGAACUCCCCCUGCUAAGAAAGAAGCAGUUGAUGCGAUGCCAAUGGUGAAAAUUGAGGAGAAUUUGAACUGUUCAGUUUGUUUGGAUGAUUUUGAGAUUGGGAGUGAAGCAAGGGAGAUGCCAUGUAAACAUAAGUUUCAUAGUGAGUGUAUAUUGCCAUGGCUUGAGCUUCAUAGUUCUUGCCCUGUCAAGGUCUCGAAUGAGUCUGGUAAUGAGAGAGGGAACGGGAGUAGGAAUUUGAGCCCGUGGUCUUUGAGUGGGUUGUUUUCAUCUACUGGGUCACGGCGUGGGAGGAAUUCUUUGUCAAACCCUUCAUCAUCAUCUUCGUCUACAUCUGAAACCAAUGUUCACGAGGAUGAGAACUAA